AAACGCGGAAAACGUGGGAUUUCAACGGCAGGCAUAAUUUUGGGACUCAGGACAGAAAAGCCGUCAUCAUCUAGAGUGCUAGUGUUGCUACCUGCUACCCACAACAUUUACAUUACAUCGCAGCAGUGACCGCCAUAUGGCGGCCACCCGACAGCUUAGCUCACCGUCCACCAAAAACCUUGACCUCACUCACUCUCACGCCCUCGGAUCUCUUCCUCGACCCUCGGCAAUCAAAUUCUCGAAGAAGAAGAAGAGCAGGAGCCACGGCAUCAGGUGCGAUAUCACGAGCUUCGACUUCGACAAGCCCCAGAACUGGGCCGAUCCGAUUCGCGUGAUGCACAACUCUUCUCCUUCUUCUCACUCGCCCUCUUCAGUGCCAAUGGCCGCGCGCAAUUCGCCUCCGAAGAAUGUGAAGAAGGUUUGCCUGUUCUACUGCGCGGAGACCAAGGCCCUCGCCGAGAGAGUCGCUGCCGAGUCCGAUGCCAUUGAGCUCCGCGGCAUCACCUGGAGAACAUUUGAUGAUGGAUUCCCGAACUUGUUCAUACCCAAUGCACAAGGCAUUCGAGGACAGCACGUGGCGUUUCUGGCGUCGUUUAGUUCCCCUGGAGUGAUAUUUGAGCAGCUCUCUGUUGUUUACGCAUUGCCGAAGUUAUUCGUAUCGUCGUUCACCCUCGUGCUGCCCUUUUUCCCCACCGGAACUUCGGAGCGCAUGGAGGAUGAAGGAGAUGUUGCCACAGCUUUUACUCUUGCUAGGAUUUUGUCGCACAUACCCAUUUCGAGGGGAGGCCCUACUAGCCUAGUUACCUUCGAUAUCCAUGCUUUGCAGGAGAGGUUCUACUUUGGUGAUAAUAUUCUACCAUGCUUUGAGAGCGGAAUACCUUUGCUUAAAAGCAGGCUUCAAGAGCUUCCUGAUUCUGACAAUAUUUCCAUUGCUUUUCCGGAUGAUGGUGCAUGGAAACGAUUUCAUAAGUUGCUGCAACAUUUUCCAACGAUUGUUUGUGCUAAAGUUCGGGAAGGAGACAAACGAAUAGUUCGAAUCAAGGAGGGAGAUCCUGCUGGACGGCAUGUUGUGAUUGUUGAUGAUUUGGUUCAAUCAGGUGGCACUCUUAUUGAAUGCCAGAGAGUGUUGGCUGCCCAUGGAGCGACAAAAAUCAGUGCGUAUGUGACACAUGGGAUAUUUCCUAAUAGGUCGUGGGAACGCUUUGAACGUGACAAUGGAGGGAAUCCUGAGAAUGGGCUGACCUACUUCUGGAUAACGGACUCAUGUCCAUUGACAGUAACUGCAGUGAAGACCAAGCCGCCAUUUGAAGUGCUUAGCCUUGCUGGUUCCAUAGCUGCUGCACUCCAAAUAUAAGAGAUACUUGGGAGCAUCAAGUCACCGGCCUAAUAACGGCCUUUUGGGGAGAAGUUAGUGCGUUAUAGACAGCGUUCUUUAUUAUUUUCUUUUCUUCCUCUUACGUUUCUCCCACAUUGAACUAUGUUCAAGUGAUUUUGGCGUCACCAUCUAUAGAGCAAUUAUGAUAAUAACUACGGGGCGGCAGUUUAUAAGGUCUCUGGUUUAGUGGUUGAACAGAUUUUGCUUUGAGCCUUUGAUGGAAUAAAUUAUGUGAUGUUUGCUUA